AUGUAUAUGUUAAAAUUAUGUUUGCAAACUGAUUUUAAAUUAAGACAAAAUAGUUACCAAAUAACGAAUAUUAAAAAUGGAAUAAAAGGGGAAACCAAAUCUGAAAGUAUUAUAAAUCCACCAAAUUGUUAUACUUCGGAAUAUCUGGAAACUAAUAAUAAAGUAGAAACAGAAAGUGAAAUUUAUCAAAAUUCUGAAUCUGAGUUUUCGGAUGAUAAGACUGAAAAUGAAACUGUUGAAACAAGUACACUUGAAAGUUGUGAGCAAAUUUCUGAAAAUGGGAAAAAUUUCGAAGUACUUCUGGGCACGAACAAUAAAGAUGAGUCAGUUUUAUGUACUGUUCGUAAGGAUUUUAUACCUUCUAAAGUUGAAUUUGAGGAGAAUCAUAUGAAAACGCAUUCCAUAAAAUCAAAAAAUGAAUGUUAUAUUUGUGGAAAAUAUUUCCAGAAGCGUAAUGAACUAGCGAAGCAUAUAAGAAUCCAUAGCAAAAGAAGGCCAUCUGUUGAAAAUAAUUUAUUAGAAGUUCACGAGCAAAUUCAUAUUAGCAAAAGCAAUACGUUAUCUUGUACUAUCUGCGGAAUAUUUUUUGAAAAUGAAAACAAUUUAACAUUGCAUUUGCGUACACAUACAGAAGAUAAAGUAUUUAAAUGCCGAGUUUGUGGUAUCACUAAAGCAACUACAGUUCAAUUAAAAAGUCAUAUGAGGACUCAUUCCAAGAAUAAACAUUCAUGCCAUUAUUGCGAAAAACAUUUUAAACAGAGAAGUGAUUUAAUUAGACAUAAACGUAUACAUACCGGAGAAAAACCAUUUGUGUGUGAUGUAUGUGGGCGAGGUUUUACUCAAAAUGGAUCAUUAAAAGGACAUAGACGAAUACAUACCCAGAAAAAGGCUUUUUCAUGUACAAUUUGUAAUGAAAAUUUCUCAAAUGAAAAUGACUUCGGAACUCAUUUAAAUACUCACACUGAAGCAAAACCACAUUUCUGCCGAAUUUGUGGCAUUAUUAAAAGCAAUGAAAAUGAAAUAAAAAGUCAUAUGAAAAAACAUUCAAAUAAAUUCAAUUUUAGUUGUCAAGCAUGCGGAAAACAUUUCAAAAUGAGAAGUGAUUUAAUAAGACAUAAUCGGACACACACGGGGGAACGUCCAUAUGUUUGUGAUAUUUGUGGCCGUGCUUUCACGCAAAAUGGUUCAUUAAAAGUUCAUCGUCAAACUCAUGCAGGGAAAAAUCCAAUGACAUGUGAGAUUUGUAAUACGCUUUGUGAAAAUGAGACAAAUUAUGAAAUACAUAUGCGAAUACAUACUGGGUUUGAAUGUCGUAUUUGUAACGUUACAGAAUCCACCGAGGAGGAUUUGAAAAAUCAUAUGAAACUCCAUACAGAAAAAUGUAAAUAUUGUUGUCAUAUUUGUGGAAAACAAUUAAAAUGUCCUAGUGAUUUAGCAAGACAUAAACGUACACAUACAGGAGAAAAACCGUAUAUUUGCGAUAUCUGUGGUCGUAGUUUCACUCAAAAUGGGUCUUUAACUGUACAUAAAAGAACACAUACAGGCGCUAAACCAUUUUCCUGUACGAUUUGUAAUAAAAGUUGUAAUACAGAAUGCGAUUUAAAACGACAUAUGAUGGUGCAUUCUAACGAUUUUCCAUUCACUUGCAACAUUUAUUUGAUGAAUCUACUUAGUACGAUUUUUGAAAACUUACAUAUAAUUUAA